AUGUCCAACAUCACCACAUCAGAGCUCGACGCUCUCUUCAACGACAAUAUCAACAUGGUGGACGCAACACCAGUCGAGCCAGAAACCCCAACAUAUCCGCUCACGACAUUCCACCCAUUUUGCAUGCUCCCACCCGAGCUCCGCAAUCAAGUCUACAAUGACUACAUGGAAGACUAUUACACAUCAAAUCCUCUCCGCAUCAACGCUCAUGGCCUCCUCCGCGCUCCGCCUCUCAUCAACACCAGCCACAGCAUCCGCCAAGAGACAAACGGCUACAUGGCCUCGAAAAUACUUCAAAACAUUGACAAGAAAGAUCUACGCAUCGAAGCGCAAGUUCUCUCUUACAACCCGACGCCCCUCCGCACCACCAUCAGCGCCCUUGGCACAAAAUUGUCCGUGCCAGAGGAAAAGCUCAACAUGUCCACGACUGUGACCUUUGUCGGCCCAUUCAACUAUGAAAACAUAAUCAGCUGGAUAUCCAGUCCAAGAUACGAUUUCUUCAAAGAAAGACCACUCCAGUCAGCUGAUUUACGAGCCUAUGAGUCGUCAGAAGUCGGCAUGUUCACAGGACCGCUGAGCUUGGCUUUCGCGGUAGACCAAAUGCGCUACCUUGAGUCAUUUGCGCCAGCCGCUUGGCGCUACAUGGCCACCGAAUUCCUGGUGACGGCUGGCCAAGUGGGAUAUACAUGUGCACGUUCCUACGAGGGAAGACAGGAGCAGAAACAGGCCGUGUUUGAGGUGGUGGCACGUUGGCAUUAUGAGAUGAGGUUGGAUCUUGCGCAGUCGGGCAAGAAGAGGAUGACAAUGAGGCAGCUGAAAGAAGUGAGAAAGAGGCAUGCGGAUAUGGCGAAUGCGGUCUAUGCGUUCUGGGUGCAAUGUGUUCGUGUUCUGAUGGAGUGA